GAACUUAAUAGAAGUUGUAGUAAAAAUGUCAAAGCUGAGUUUGGACGGCUUUUUUUCCUACUGCAAGCAAAUAGCAGAACAUAUACAAUUGGGGGAGAGAAUGGCGUCAUUAUCCGGACAGGGCACUCCAAAGCUGACAUCUUCAGUCGGCAACUUGUACUACGAUUCGAUCCUCCCUUACCGCGAGGAUGCUCAGCCGCAGACGCGAGAGUUCUUGGCCAGGGUCGUCGAUGUACUCCUCGACUUCAUCCAUCAGGUCAACGAUAGGAACGAGAAGAUCUUGGAAUUCCGCAUGCCGGAGGAGAUGAGCAAGAUGUGCGAUUUCCAGCUGCACGAGGAGCCGCUGCCGCUGAAGCAGCUGCUGGAAGACUGCAAGCUCGCGCUCAAGUGGCAGGUCAAAACUGGUCACCCUCACUUCUUCAACCAGCUGUCCUGCGGGCUGGACAUCAUCUCCCUGGCUGGGGAGUGGCUGACGGCUGCAGCCAACACCAACAUGUUCACGUAUGAAAUCGCGCCUGUGUUCAUCUUGAUGGAGAAUGUGGUGCUGGAGAAGAUGAGGAACAUGAUCGGGUGGAGGACUGGAGACUCUAUAUUGGCGCCUGGUGGUUCUAUUUCGAACCUGUACGCGUUCCUGGCAGCCCGGCACCGCAAGUUCCCGCAGUACAAGGAGAAGGGACUCUCCAGCAUCCCCGGACAGCUCGUCAUGUUUACCUCCGAUCAGUGCCACUAUUCAGUGAAAUCGUGUGCGUCUGUGUGCGGUCUGGGCACUGAUUACUGCAUCUGUGUGCCGUCCGACGAGCGCGGGCGCAUGAUACCCACCGAACUGGAGCGGCUUGUGAAGUACCACAAGGAUAGGGGCAAUGUCCCAUUCUUCGUGAACGCGACCUCGGGAACAACAGUGCUGGGUGCUUUCGACCCGCUCGAAGAGAUCGCUGACAUCUGCCAGAAGUACGACAUGUGGAUGCAUGUUGAUGCUGCAUGGGGCGGUGGUCUUCUGUUCUCCAAGAAGUACCGUCACCCUCGCCUCACUGGCAUCGAGAGGGCUGACUCGGUGACGUGGAAUCCGCACAAGCUGAUGGGCACCCUGCUGCAGUGCUCCACCGUGCACUUCAAGUAUGAGGGUAUCCUGCUCAACUGCAAUGCCAUGUCUGCGGAGUAUCUGUUCAUGACGGACAAGAUCUACGACCCCAAGUACGACACAGGCGACAAGGUCAUCCAGUGCGGACGACAUAAUGAUAUCUUUAAGCUGUGGCUGCAGUGGCGUGGAAAGGGUACCUCGGGCUUCGAGCGCCACAUGGACCGGCUGAUGGAGCUGGCCGAGUACCAGGUGCGCCGCAUCAAGGAACAGCCUGACAAGUUCCACCUCAUCCUUGAACCUGAGAUGGUGAACGUGUCCUUCUGGUAUCUGCCCAAACAGCUGCGCGGCCUGCCGCAUGAUUCCCACAAAGAGAUUAAGCUCGGCAAGGUUUGCGCCAAGCUCAAGGGCAAAAUGAUGCAGGCUGGUACACUGAUGGUUGGCUACCAACCUGACGACCGCCGUCCCAACUUCUUCCGCAGCAUCAUAUCCUCAGCAGCCGUUACCGAGAAAGACGUCGAUUUUAUGCUCUCAGAAAUGGAUCGCCUCGGACAAGAUAUCAUUGUCGACUAAAAGCUUUAACUGUUAACAUUUUGGUCUCACGGCGGAGACUUUCCUUCAUAUUACGUCGUAUGUUGGCACUGUUUCAAUGUUGUUUUUCAAUGAGAGAUAUUCAAAACUGAAUUAAAUAUAGGCAUGGUAACCAGUUUUGGAUCUUAUGAACGAAGGUAGGUAUAGUGUGGAAAGUGGUCAACAGUUGUUGAAGUUUACAUGUGAAUUUCUUCUCUGUGUCUAUUUAUUAAUCACACUGUCGUGUGAUUUGUUUCUGAAAUGUCUCGCCGCCGAUACCAAAUAUUAUAUGAAUAAUUAAUUAUAUGUUACGUACAUGUAUCGAAUGAUAUAGUAAUUUAUUUAUCUAGAUGUUAUCUGCUGUAAAAAUGCAUAGCUGUCUUAGGUGUGCACUGGAGACUGGACAGAAAUUUUACUCAUAACUCGACACGCUUCACUAACGCCAUCUAUUGAGGGAUAGCUCAACAAAUUUCAUGUAAUUUUACAACAAUUGAAUAUUUUAUUUGUC